AUGCCUUCAAGCGGAAGAAGGAUGGUCGCCCUCUUCCACCCCUUAAUCGUCAAGCAAGAACCGUUGGACGAGGCUCCCCAGACCUCCCAUGACCCCUCCUUCGCAAGACCCCCCUUCCUCGAGGUUAAGCUUGAAGUUUUCAAAGAGUCCAGCCAGUCCCGCCCGACUCCCACUUCCAGUCAAUCGAGUACCCCUGCAAGCCCACAGAGAUCAGCACUCAUUGACCCGUCAAAGGGGCCCGAGGGCCUCCAUGAAGCUAAAGAAGGCGAGUUUCGAGGCGUACGGGAAACCAAAGAUGUUGCCUCAGACAAGGCAUCAGCGGUCGAAGCGGAGAACUCAGUUCGUGACUUGGAUCCUUGGGGAAGGCAAAUGCAUAGUCAAUCAGCGACCGCUGGAAGUGUUGAUGCACUUGGGGGAGAAGCAACGGACGGCGCUUUGCACGCUGCUGCGCAGGAUGAGUGUUCACCGCUAGCGCCUUGUGAGUAUCCCCCGCCGGCGCAAGCCGCCGCCGCAGACGAAGCGGAGCGGCUGCGAGAGGACCUUCGGAAGAUGAGCGUAAUGAUGGCUCGGUUGCAGGACAAGGUGCUCGCCACGUGCGGUCAGACUACGGAGGAGUUUGCUGAAGUGCAAAGGCUCCUGGACAAGAAUCAGUCCCUGCUGCAUCAACCGCUCGCCCUGGAGCAAGGCUUCGGUUCUAGAAUCGAACCGUCAGAGGGUGCCCUUGUGGAGUGGAAAUCGGGUGUUAUCGACAGAGAAGGAUCGGAAGGGGAAAGAGGGGGAGGAUCAGGUGCUUCUGAGACCGAGCAAAAUGGGACGGCAAAUGAGAAAGGGGCCCCCGGGGAAGCAGACGCGCCAGACAUGUUUGGGAGCAGUGUCACUGGAGUGCGAAGUACUGAUUCCGAAAAUCGUCAGGGGGCUUUGGGUCGAAGCAGUCCCUCAGAAGCCGGACCCCGUCGUGCAACCAUGUCUGCGGAUGUGGAUUCGGCAGGGGGGCCAUGCACCCCCGGAAAAGACGGGCCAGUCGUUGCGCCCCAGCGAGGAAAUGAGAGCAUCUGUGAUAUUGAGGAGCGAGUCUUGGCAGCUCUUGGGGACGAGCCGCGCGUGCGGUCGUCCAAAGGGUCCGUGUCCGAAGAUGAUUUGACAGCUGGCGGUGUCACGGGUGGCGAGAGCGGUACUCCAUCUGCGAAGACCGGGGCCACUGAGGGUCUGCAUUCUGCCCCCCGGUUUGGAGAGUCACCCCUGGGGGAUCCCUUCAGCCCCACGACCCCUGCAAAGACGGCUACCAAGACGGGGGGUGAGAUGGCAGAGUCACUGACCCCCCCGGGAGGAGAAACAAGCCCGGGCGCCUCGGAGGUGCUUUCUACGGCGGGCGCUGAUGAGCACGAGCACUCUGGUGUGAACGGGCACCUCAGUGAGACCGUCCGCCUUGGUUUGGAUUGCCCCCCAGCGCUGGAUCCUUUCGACGGAGAUGUGGGCAGCGGGUUAGAGGAUAACGACGACGGGUUUGACAGUGAACCCGAGGAAACCCCGCUCAUCGAGGAGGAGCGGAUUGCAAUCGUGCCAAUGGUGAUGCCACUGCUGUUUGCAGAGAGCGAGGAGGAAGAAGAAGGCGGGUUAAGAGAACCAGACGGGGUUGCGGUUGAACCUGUGGGGGGGAACCUGGCCGUUCCGGAGGAGGACGUCUGCGAGCCCGAAGUGGUUAAGAAGAAGGCUAAGAAGCCGGCGAAGGGGCCUGGAAGGAAGCAUGUAGCUGGAGGAUCCAAGGGUCGGAAGAGUAAGGGGGGAAAAGUGGGAAAGGGAGGAGGGGUUGCUGACAAAGGGAGCAAUACGACACGCGGAGAAGCGACACCGGACGAACAGAGGGCCUGGAAGUCGUACGAUCGCGUGUUCAAGAGGAGCUUUAUGCGAGUGAUGCUGCCAUCGCAUGUGGGCGGUGGCUACUGGCUGGGCGUGCCGAUACCCACCGCAAAUCGCUUCAUGAAGCGGGGACAGUGCGCGGUCACUUUCGAGUCGGGGGGGAGUAAGCACUCGGUCGUCUGGCUCUGGAGGGCACCGGACAGGCCCCCCCGGAACGGCGAAAAGAGUCAAAAAACCAAGAGCGACAGUCGAGGGUUCAGCGGAGGUUGGAAGGGGUUCGCGCGGGACCACGGACUGGUGACAGGCGAUGCGGUGGUUUUCGAAAAAGUGGGCAACCGUCGGUUCCGGCUGCAUCUGUUCCGGCGGAGCGCUUUGGGCGGAAGUGUGGAGAAGGCCGCAAAGGCUGCGAAUGAAUUGGCGGAACGGCUUGACGGGGAGGGGGGCGGGAAAGGUUUGGAAUUGUCGGGGGGGCAAAAAAAGCGGGCAGCUGGUGGGGACGAAACGGAGGUGGGGGAUGGUCGGUCAGUUGCGAAGCAGGCGAAGCCGGCGAACGUGUCUGGCGACGGAACGACCGGCGGAACGACCGGAACAGGCGUCCCCGGUGGUGUGGCGAACAAGCAGAGGCGGGGUCUGGACGAAGGGAUGGACGGGGUUUUGACUGAGAAGCGGAGGAAAGUAGGGGUAGACGAGCGAGGGGGAAAGCGGGCGGAAAAGAACGGAAUCUCUUUGAUCGGAUCAAGUGCACCCGGAGUUGAGCUGCAGACCGCUGCUGAGCGAAGAGUCCGGGCAAGCGGGUCGUCGGUCGGGACGGCGGACGCGGUGAAAGGUGCGGUGAUUGAUGAACUUACGGACAAGAAGAAACGGCCGAAGGUGGAGGAUUCUACAAAACCGGAGAAGGGGCCGUUGGCUGAAAGGCCUUCGACAGGGGAGCGUAUGGACAUGGAAUGGAACAAGGAGAAGAGGGGUCUGGUUGGGCAGCCCCCAGCCCAGGGGGAUCCCCCGGUGGGGACGCGGCAGGCGAAGGUGACGGAAAUCUUUCCGGUCGUCAAAAGGGCGAAAGUGGGCGUGUCAAAGGACUCCGCUAAAAGAGAGGAGGGCCGCUCCGGAACCAAAGUCAACGGGGCGGAGGCGCAAUCCUCGCCAGCUGGCAAUGCGGAUGUGACAGCUGUUACGACAGCUGGAAGGAAGCCCGAGAGAACAGGUGGGUCGGGUGGGGCAAAACGGAUCAAGCACACGCCAAAACGGGGCGUUUCGCAGGUUCUGGGGGGGAAGAAGCGGGCUCGAGAUGAAGGCAAGGAACCCCCCAAGAAGCUGCAGAAAGGCGCCCGGGGCGGGGUCGUUCCAGAGGAGCGGAACGGCGGAACGACGGAAGAGCCGGAAGCGGAAUACGAGGGGGGCCGGCUGGUGCACUACGUGGACGGGGGCCACCGGUACGUGGAGGCCUCCGAAGCGGACAAAGGGGCGGCGAAAGUAGCGAUGGAGCGGUGCGCGAGCGCGUUCCCGACGUUCCGGGUGGCGCUGUCCAAGUCGCAGACGGACAAAGGAUUCAGGCUGGGAGGGAUGACCGACUUCUUCCGCCAGAACGGCCUCGAGCCCUUCCGCAUGACCGCGCUCGCCGACGAUGGCGGCCGCCUCUGGCACGCCAAGAUCAACAGCCAGGCCGCCGCGCUCAGCGGCGGCUGGCGCGGCUUCGCGCUGGACCACCGGCUGGAGGUCGGGGACGCGCUCGUCUUCGCUCUAGUUCUUCCGUACGUGUUCGCCGUGCGCAUUUUCAAGGCGUCCCGGGGCGGAAAGGAAGACGACUGCGUGGCCGCGGGGGGCGCGAGCGAGGGGCAGCCGGUGCGCGGGGAGGAGCGGAUACUGUCGGGCGACCAGAAGAAGCGACUGGCAACUAUCCGCGGGCUCCCCGGGGGCCUCCCGUCGCGAAACCAAAAACCUCCCCGUUCAGCGCCCACCUUACCUUCCCCCCAAAACGGAAACAAGCGCCCGACCUCCAAGCCGGCUCAGGGGAGUUCGCUCGCGCGAGCGGACGUUGCUCCGAAGGACAAAGGGGGGGCUUUAGAAAAGGCCUUUAGUGGCGGGACCAAGACAACGAAAAGUGCUCUGUCUGGUGGAUCGAACGGCGCUCCCCCAAGUGCUGCCCGCAAGCCAGCUGUCAACCGCACGUGGCCGGUGAUCCCUCGCACGGCGACAGCUGUCAAGCGCGCGGUGGGCCUUGGGCCGUCCGGACCUCAGACGUCCGAACACGCAGGGCCGUCCCGCAAAUCGGACGAGCCCUGUAAAGUAGAGGCGUCCGGAAAAGUGGUAGUGUUUGGCAGUGCCGAAGCGUCCGGAAUGGCAGAGACGUCCGGAAAAGCGGAAGUGUCCGGCGGCUCCGGACCAUCCGACAAAAGAGAGAGGUCCGAGAAAGCAGGAGUGUCCGGCAUUCUGGGGCCGUCAAGAAAAGCAGAGACGUUGGAACGCACAAGAGCGUCUGGCAAUUCGGUACUGUCUGGAGAAGCAGAGACGUCCGGAAAAGCAGGUGUUAUCGGAAACGGAGGGGCGACGGAACCCUUCGGGUUGUCCGCAGAGCUAGGGGCGUCCGCAUUCCCCAAAGCAGGGACGUCCGACAGAGGGGGUUCCGCGAAACCAGAGGCAAAUGCGAGUGCGCUUGUAUCGACAGUGGUACAGAUAAAGCACAGCAAGGUGGCGGUGGCGUUCCGAGUUGACAGGAAGAAAAAGGGAGGGUUGAAAAGCAACGCAGAGCUCAUGGCGGAGCGGUUGAAUAUGCUCUGA